AUGGCUUGGACUAAGAAACACCUUGACGAACGUUGGAGUAAACGCUUCAAUGAGAAAAAGCAGGAGGAUGCUGACGGCGUUCUCGUCCUUAAGUCUGAGUUUAACACGGCCUGGAAUUGGUUCAAUGCUAAAGAGCUUGGAGAAACCAUUCUCGGUUACUGGAAGACUUGGUAUGAAAAAGCCGAGUCGGGGGAACUUCUGUCCGCUCUGGACCCAGAAUUCCCUCCGCCCAUGCCGGACAUGGCCGGACUGACUGAGGUCAGGGGCGAGUUUCUAACGAAAUUCGCCACCCUCGAUGGGGUCGUCGACGAUAACGGCGACUCUGUCGACGGGGUCGUCUAUGUUCCGGAUGUGCGGAAAAUCAGCUUAAUCGACCGUCGAAUGAUCGUGUCACGGAAACGUACACGAAAUAUGUUUGACUUGACUAGUUCUUGGAAAAGAAUGGUGUUCCAGAAGUUGGACGAACGUGUACUUGAUGAACGGGAUCCGGAAGCCGCAAGGCAACCGGAACCGGGACCUUCGGUCCCGCAAGUACAAGCCACUACCCUGAGAGCAGAGGCACGCAUCCGAGAUCGGAUAGCGCAAAAUCAAGGAGGAAAUCCUCGAAUCAUCGGUCAGUCUGAUGACGUGAUCAUCCUGCAUCAGCGUUCGCCUUCCCCAAACAAGCCGUUUUUCGGCUAA